AUGCCAUUAUGUUUCGGCGGCGACGACAAAGAGCCCGAGGACGAAUACGAUCCCCUCCCUCUCGGUCUCCGAUGGCGCAUGCACUUUGGCAAGAAAGAGACCGACCCCAACACUGGUGAAGCGGUCCUGCGUCUGAGCAGUACCAAACUCCUCAAGACGCACUGUGCCAACACCGAGUACCAAGCCUUGAGGCUGAUCGACCGCCAUACUUCGGUGCCUACGUACAAAGUUUUGGCGGUCUAUAAUAGACCCGAGGGCAAAUUGGUCGAAUACGAAGGAUGCACAGGAAAACCGCUGCAGGAUGUCUGGCCCGGCAUGCCUGCGCAUCAGAAGAACAAGGUCGUGGCAGACCUCAGUCGGUUUGUGGAGCAACUGAGGAAAAUGCAACCACCCAAGCUUUGUGUUGUUGGUGAUGUCACGCUGGGGGCUGCGUUGGACUACCGAUUCGGGUCAGGCAGGGUAGGCCCGUUCUUCUCGAUCAAGGCAUUUCAUGAUUUUGUCAGGAGAGGGCAUCCGCCUCAUGACUUCUCCGAGAAGGAAAUCCAACUUGUGCAUGACCCGAAGAAGGAAUAUCAGCUCAAGUUUACCCACGCCAAUUUUUGUCCCAAGAACAUUCUCAUUGACGACGCGGGGAGAGUAUGUGCCUUGAUAGGAUGGGAAUCCUCUGGCUGGUAUCCCGAGUACUGGGAGUAUACUCAGAUGUGCCAUCUAACACCCAAAACGAUGGGGGACUGGCUAGAUGCCAUGCGCAAUGUCAUGCCUCGAUACGACCAAGAGCUGGCGUGCGAGGAGGCCUUGCGGUCGCAUUAUUGUGGGUCGAUCUACGAUGCUCCGAGAAGUGUGAGGGCUCCCAGUCCUAGCCCGAGUGAGUUGCAUGCAGAGCAACAGGAAAUCAACGACAAGAAUACAGACAGCACAAGUGGAUAA